GUGACCGCCAUGGCUGACCCCAUCAGGAAGGCUGCAAGCCGACGGCUCGGGCAGGAAUGAAUGGAGCCCUGCAGCCGGAGCGGGGCAGCAGCAGCAGCAGCAAAGGGCAAGGCUGCUCGCGGGGCUGAGCUGCAGGCGCCCGGCCGGCCCUGCCUUUCUUCUUCCUCGAUCUUCCUCUUGGUUCUCUUUUUGUCUCAGGAUCGGCGCAGCUGCCCGGGGCUUCCUCAGCCAUGUUCAGCCAGCAGCAGUUCCAGCAGCAAUUGCUCCAGCUCCAGCAUCUCCUCCAGCACCACCCGCAGCAGUCGCCGCCGCCGCAGCAGCAGGCCGGCCGGGGCGUGGCACCACCCCAGCAGCAGCCGAUGCUGAACUUGCGGGCAGCCAAUCAAGCGUCGCUUCUCAACGCCAACCCCAUGCUUCAGCGAGCCCUGCUGGUGCAGCAGAUGCAAGGUAACCUGAGAGGCUUCAACAUGGCCGCAGCUCCCGUGCUGCAGCAGUUCUUCCCUCAGGCAACAAGGCAUUCCCUUUUGGGCCCCCCACCCAUUGGGGUCUCCUUAAAGCCCGCCCGCUUGGCUUUCCCGGCCCUCCCGUUUCAAAGGCAGAACCGCACCUUCUGCAAGGACUUCCUGAGGGUUCCUGAGAGGAAGCGGGAAGCAGAUUCAGCGAUCUCCUCAUCCUCCUCGUCUCAGACGCCAGGAGCAGAGGAGAGGGGACCUCUCGUGGAGGAAUGUCUCAUCAAAGCAGGGUCUGAACAACCCGGCUCUUCACCAUCAGAGAUGCUGAGAGGACCCUCCCCAGAUGGCGAGCCCGCAAGCAAGAGGCUAAAAAGUGGAGAUGAAGAGUCGAUCCCUGACGACGCUCUGUGCAUCCAGGAAAUGGAGGCUGUGAAAUCCCACGUGGAAGAGGCAGACGAUGGGAAAGAGAGUUUGGUAGCAGACACUUCAAAAGAGAAGACCUUCCCUGAGGAACUGAAGCCUUCUGAGGUGGUUAGCUCUGCCGGGUCCCUGAAAGUAACGAUUCAGCAGAGCAGCGAAAGCCGAGCAAUCAGCACCGCAGCCCUGAAGCCCCCGCACUGGACCUCUGAGAUGGGCACAGCUGAGACCAGUCCCGAGGCUGCUGUGAAAUUCUACUGCUACAUUUGCAAGACCGACUGCUGCAACCAGCAGAAUUUCCAGGCUCACAUGGCAGGAGCGGAACACCAGCAACGACUUCAGGAGAUCCAACAGAUGAGCAACAUCUGCUUUGUCUCGUUACUGCCCAUGGUGAAGGAGCAGAGGUCGCUGGCCGAGAAAGACGGGGAGAGCCAGCAGCGAUGGUGCAACACCUGCCAGCUCCAUUUCACAGGAGACCUGAUAAAGCAUCGGCGGACUCAGGAGCACAAGCUUGCCAAGCGCUCCCUCCGGCCUUUCUGCACUGCAUGCAGCCGCCAUUUCAAAACCCCCCGCAAGUUUGUGGAGCACAUGAAGUCUGCGGAGCACAAGCAGAAGGCCAAAGAGGCGAGGUUAGGAGAGAAGGAGCACGGCGGCCCGGAAGACUCUGAGGAGCUUAUAACGGUAGAUGCAGUUGGCUGUUUUGAAGACGAUGAUGACGAUGAGGAGGAGGAGGAGGAAGAAGUCGAAGGUGGGGAAGACCCUGAGGUGGGGCAGCCGGAUGGUGAAGAUCCUCUUGGCAGGCAGGUUGGGCUAAAAGAGGCGUCCUUGGGUGAUACUGAAGGAAAUGAGAAGUACAGUGCGGAUACUGUCUAUGGCCCGGAUUUUCUCGUCCCCGUGACAGGUUUCCUCUGCAGGUUGUGUCACACAUUCUACCAUAGCGACUCAGCUGCCCGGCUCGCGCACUGCAAGUCCCUGAUGCAUUUUGAGAACUUUCAGAGGUACAAAGCCACAAGGCUGCAAGCCACGGCUGCGCUCCCAGAAGCCAUCCCAAGUCCUCGGCAGGGGCUGGCUGAGGACCACCGCACUCCUUCCGCAGCUCAGGCGGACAGAGCAGAGGUGGAAGAGGCGGCUGUGGCAUCAGUGGCAACCGGCGAAGAAGCUUGCGAAUCUCUGAAAGGGGAGGACCGCUCCUCGGCUCCAAGAGACAGUUCAGCAACGCUUCAAACUGAUGACACCAUGAUGACACUCCAAGAUGGAGAGGACGACAAAAAUGAUUUCUCUGCACUGAGCGACCACUCGUCGCUCGGAGAUGCUGCCGCGGGGACAGGGGAACCGAUGGGACUGGGCGUACAGGAAACGGAGCCCAGCGAUGAAAGCAUCCCAGAGAGCCCAGAUGGAGCCACAACAGACCACGGAGAUCCCAGAGCACACGAGACGCUGGCCAGUGGAGGCCUGCCGGAGGAAACCAGCCCUUCCUCUCUGGUCAAAGGGGAGGCCUCGGCUGGAUGCAGGCGUUCUACUCGGCGUAGAGCCAGAUAAAGUAGCCUUAAUAGGAGAGUUUCUCCCCUUUUGUGUAGAUUUUUGAAGAAAGAUUUAUUUUUCCUCCCCCGUUUCCCAAGUCUUCUACUUUUAGAGAAAAGGUAUGCUAUGAUUUUACUGCCAUUUUUUUAUUCUAAAAAAAAAUUAAAAGGAAAGAAAUCCA